ACAAACAAAUUGUCCUAGAGAGAAAAAUACAGCGCAAAAUUUUAAAUUUUCCUUAUAUUUUAAUAAAAACUUUUCUAUGUAGAAAAUUCAAACAGUAUUGCAAUUAAUAACUAACAACCAACAAUAGAACAAAAAUUAAAUGUUGAAAAAUGUUACAAACCGAAUUAGCAACAAACUCGACGAAUAAUACGGCCGUAAACAGUGUUUUAGCCAAAACGGAUAAGCAGGCAGAUAUAGUGAAAAGACUGGAAGAGUUAAGCAAAUGGCAAGAGGAACAGAAAAAGUUACUGGAAGCCAGACAAACUAUGCAGAGACAAAUGUUGGGCAUGGAACAGCAGACCAUGUAUCAAAUGUUGGGCUUACAAAGCUCAAGUGAAUUGAGUGUGUUAGAGGACAUAGAAAAAGUUGUAAGAGAAGAACGUUUUUUGACUAACCAGGCUGAAAAUUUAGAGGAAUAUGAGGAUCAAAGUACUGAGGAAAGUUUGGAAACCUCACAAUUGGAGGGGGAAGAAGAGUCAGAUGAAAGCGAACAACUAAAGGAUGUAGAACCAGCAUCCUUUAAGACUUUAACUUCAGGCUAUGAGACUGAACAUGGCUUGGAAGUGCCACAAAAUAAGCCUAAAAGACCAUUUUUGAAAAGGGGAGAGGGUCUCAAACAGCGCUUUAAAAUUGAUCCUAAUGAAUUCAGACUAAAUAAUUUGCCCAAAUAUAAAUAUGCAAAUGCCCAUCCCACAUUAAGUUUAAAGCCGUCUAAUAAAUUAAAUAAAGUUAAGGAAAUAAAUACAAAGGCCUUAAAACAAGUAAAUUUUACAAAUAAAAAUACAAAAUCUGUAGUUAAGCUUGCAGCAUUAGAUGCCCAAGAGCAGCGUUUUCAGAAUUUGUUAAUUUCCUCACAAAAUACUUGCAGUUCUACACCGGAUACAAAAUUAUCAUAUGCAGCUAAUAAAAAAUUAACGGCGACUACCAAUAAUGCAGCAAAAGUAAAAUUUUUGGAAGAUAAAUCAAAUAUACCACUUAAAAUACAGGAUGAUGGUCCUAAAACUCAAACUGUUAUUGGACCCGUGGUGGCUUGGUCGAAAAUUUUAGAUCCUUUAGAAAUAGAACCUUUGCAAGUGCCCAGAAAUCGCAUACAAUCUCUACCCCACACGGAGGAAAGUAUAUUUGAACUUUUGGAACAAAAGGCUAUAAAUGGUAGCUUUGAUAUGGAUUCCACAUGCCUUAAACAAUUUAUGCAACGCAGAAUUACGGAAAAACUAAAUGAAACUGAUGAUAAUAUACCGGUGCAGGAGGAGCUGAGAAAUAAGCGUUUGGAACCAGUGGUUUUAACAAAGAAGGCAGAAGAACAGUAUUCCAACUCAUCAGAGGAUGUGGAAGAGGAGGAGUCUCAACUGACAGAGCAAGUAGAAACUACUGAAUCUGAUGACACAACACACAAAACCAUAGAAACCACCAACUCUUCGUAUCCCCAACAUACACCACAAGUUAGAGUAAGAUUUUCCGAUUCAAAUGAGACACAUGAAUAUGAGGAAGAACCAGAAAGUACUUUAAAUGAUAGCUCAAGACUUUCAGCCGGCGCUACAGAGCAAGAUGGUCAGGGUGAUAAUAGCAACAAUGAAAUGUUCGAACAAUUCAAACAUGCCUUAUUUGCAGCUCUACAAAUUAAAGCCGACCAACAUCUGGCCAAUGACACCACCAUAAACUCAAGUGAUACCACUUUAACUCCAAAAGAUUCAAUUUCCGUUACUAACAACAACAACAACAAUUCCAUUUAUUCACCCGCCUGCCAAGACCUACAACAAAAAACCGACAUGAUUAAGAUACGUCUGGCUGAAUUGGAAAAAGAAAUACAAAAUUUCAAAGACAAUAACGUUCUGCUGAUGAAGGCUAAACAGGAGCAUGAAUUGCAAAAAUCCCUACAUGCCCAAGAACAUCUUGAGGCAAUGGAACGUGUUAAAGAUGAAAAAAUACAAAUGGAAAUCUAUUUACACGAUGAGCGUGUGAAGUUGGAGGAUGAGAAGCGUUUGUUCGAACAAAACAUGAAAAUGAAGACUCAAGGUUCAAUUGCCAAAGAGCGCAAGGAGUGUGAACGUUUAAGGGAACAGGUGUCCCAACUGGAAAUGCAAUUGAAAUCGAAAGACGCGAAUCAUACCUCGGCUCAAGCUAGACUAAGAACACAAAUACGUAAUUUGGAAAGGGAACAGAAUAAGUUGCACGAACAAAUAGAGCAUUUAUUGAGAGAGAACAAACGUUUGGAGAAUGAGAAUUUGAAGAUCAGCCGAGAGCAAAAUAAUAAAAUACUGCUGGAGAUUAAUAGAAAUAUAGCGAAAUUGGCACCCAAACAGAUCCAACAUUCCUCCACCUCUAUGCCUGAAGAGGGUCCCCCGACAUUGGGCGCCUCUAGGACUGUGUCCAAAUGUAUAGUGGCAGCAGCUACGGCUAAUAAAAAUGCGGGUAAAGCUUAUAAAACCACAAGUACUAGAUAUUCCAAUAGCAAACUAGUAACAAAUAAAAAAUCAACACCUCCAUCAUCACCCGAGCCUGAUAGGACAACAGAAAACAGAUUUAAACCAGAAAAACAACCACAACAACAUCAACAGCAAUCCACAAAAUAUUUCACGGACCCUGAUGACGAUGAGGACAUGUUAAAAGAAUUUCAAAUGACACCGGCCAAGAGUAACUCUAAUGCUAACAAAUCUCUCCAUCCAACUCAAGAACCACAACCGCCACCUCCUUCACCACGAGCAACAGCAGCCCAACAUAAUGACACAACCACCAACAACUUGAAACGUGAAAUAGUUAAUGCUGACGGCAGCAAAGACAUCUGGUAUCCAAAUGGUAAUCUAAAGAAAAUCUCUGCUGACGGCAUGGUUAUACGCAUGUUGUACUACAACAAAGACAUUAAAGAGACCAACAUCAAUGAGGGCACCGUUAAAUACUAUUAUGCCGAAACAAAUACUUGGCACACCACCUAUUUGGAUGGUUUGGAAAUUCUGGAAUUUCCCAAUGGCCAAGUGGAACAUCGCCAUAAAACUGGUGUGGUCGAAGUGCACUAUCCCAAUAAUUCGGUUAAAAUAAUGGAUCCUAAAGAUGAGCAUAAACAAGAAGAGUGGCGUUUUGUGGAUGGCACUCAUUUGGUGCAAAUGCGUAAUGGUGAUAAAAUACUUUCGCUGCCCAAUGGCCAGAAAGAGAUACACAAUAAACUGCACAAAAGAAGGGAAUAUCCGGAUGGCACUGUCAAAAUUGUAUAUCCAGAUGGUAGUACCGAAACGCGCUAUUCAAAUGGUCGUGUUAGACUUAAAGACAAGGAGGGUAAAUUGGUAAUGGAUACAGAUAUGGCUAAGUGAUUUAAAGUUGGUGUUUUUUUAGGUUUGUGAAAAUAUUAUUUUUGUAAAUUUCUUUGUAAUCUUUUAGAUAUUUAUGUAUUUUGUUUUAUUUUUUAAAUGAAAAUUUGUCUGUGUGUGUUUUUGCUACGCUUUGUUUUAGUUUAGGUAU